CCAUCAAAAACACACACUAAAAAAGCUCUAAAGUCUCUCUUUCUUUUUCUUGCUCUUCACUAGCUAAAGCUAUGGCCAAGGACAUUGAAGUUCAGGGAGAGCACGGCGAGUACGCUCCCAAGGACUACCAUGAUCCCCCUCCGGCACCCUUGAUUGAUGCGGAGGAGCUCAUCAAGUGGUCCUUCUAUAGGGCUCUCAUUGCCGAGUUCAUUGCCACCCUUCUCUUCCUCUACAUCACUGUCUUGACUGUCAUCGGCUAUAAGAGCCAGUCUGCCUCCGAUCAGUGUGGCGGCGUUGGCAUACUUGGUAUCGCUUGGGCCUUUGGUGGCAUGAUCUUUGUCCUUGUUUACUGCACCGCCGGUAUCUCUGGAGGACACAUCAACCCAGCGGUGACCUUUGGGCUGUUCUUGGGGAGGAAGGUGUCACUCAUUCGAGCAAUCUUAUACAUGGUAGCCCAGUGCUUGGGUGCAAUCUGUGGCUGCGGGCUGGUCAAGGCUUUCCAAAAGGCUUACUACAACAAGCACGGAGGUGGUGCCAACGAGCUCGCCGCCGGCUACAACAAAGGAACCGGCUUGGGUGCUGAGAUCGUCGGCACCUUCGUCCUUGUCUACACCGUCUUCUCCGCCACUGAUCCCAAGAGAAAUGCAAGGGACUCCCAUGUUCCCAUCUUGGCACCUCUUCCAAUUGGGUUCGCCGUCUUCAUGGUCCACCUCGCCACAAUCCCGAUCACCGGCACUGGCAUCAACCCGGCUAGGAGCUUGGGAGCUGCCGUGAUUUAUAACAAAGACAAGGCCUGGGAUGACCAGUGGAUCUUCUGGGUGGGACCCUUCAUUGGUGCCGCCAUCGCUGCCUUCUACCACCAGUACAUUCUCCGAGCAGGUGCCAUUAAAGCCCUAGGAUCCUUCAGGAGCAAUGCCUAAUUUUCUCUCUAUUAAGAUAAGAUUUUCAUAAUAAUAACAUGAAGAGUGCGAAUCUGUCUAGGGUUUCCUUCUGCAGUAUUGUUUUCCUCUAGCCGGCCGGCAACGGUAAGGUUUGGAGGGGAAAGAGGUUUGGAGGAAGCCAUAUUUGAAUUGUAAAUUAAAAAUAUUUAUGGAUCCAUAAGGGUGUCUUUUGUGAAUCCCUAUUGUAUUUUCCUUUUAUUGCAUUUGAAUUAAUGUACUACAAUUUUAAGUUUGUGUUUUUGUCAUCUUUUGUUUAUCCUUAUCAAGAUGUUAGGUUGGAUUCCGGUUACAUUUCUACUUAAUUCUAUAGUAAAUGGAUAUUGUGCAU